AUGUUUCCAAAUCGACAUCCAGCACCUCAUCAACCUAUUGGUCAAUUCAAAUUUACCACGCCUGAAUCAUGCGAUCGAAUUAAAGAGGAAUAUCAAAUCUUACAAGCACAAAAUCAAAGCUUGAAGUUAGAAUGUGAAAAGUUAGCGAAUGAAAAAACCGAUCUUCAUCGUCAUUAUAUCAUGUACUACGAAAUGUCAUAUGGACUCAAUAUUGAAAUGCAUAAGCAGUCUGAAGUUGCGAAAAGACUUAGUGGAAUAUGUGCUCAAAUUAUUCCGUAUUUAAGUCAAGAGCAUCAGCAACAGGUCGCAAACGCAAUCGAAAGAGCGAAACAAGUAACAGUGACUGACCUAAACUCAAUUAUGGGACAGCAACAGGUACAUUUGCAACAACAUCAUCCGCACGGCCCUCAAAUCCCUCUGCACCCUGGUGCUCCCCCUCCACCUCCUAUCCCUCCUGUUAGCGCUGGUAAUAACAUGAUAAUGCCUUCCAAUUUACUUAUGUCUCAUAUGGCUUUGAAGGACAAAGGUUUUCAUCGAAAUUCUGCUUCGCCUUCGCUUUCAGCACAACGACCUGACAAGCAUCGGACUACCGAUGCAGCUUCAACAAGUAGUAACAGUAGUAUUCAUAAUCAUAGAAGUACUGGUAAACGUAAGCAAGACGAUAAAAUUGAUAGCGAAAGCGACAAGAGCGAUGGAGAGCUUGUAGUAGACGUUGCCAACGAUGAACCUCCAUCCCCAGUACGAGAUACUGUUAGAUCUCCAAAUAUUUCCUUAAUUCCGAAAGAAAAAAUGAUGAAAAAGAGGAACGAUAUGUCACCGAUUAGUUCUGCCAGUCCUUCACCACCUCCUAUGAAAUCUAAGAUAAUUGAUAAGCAGAAGCCACUCCAAGUAGGUUCACCGGUCCCUCCGACAAAUAAUAAUGCAACAGGUUCAGGAUCUACAUCUCCGUCGUUAUCGAAAGGACAUUCUAUAAUUACAGUACCUUUUGAUCACAAUCCUCCUGGUCGUUUUGGUGUCAGUAAUAAACCAGCCUAUUCAUUCCGAGUUGGAGCGGAUGGAAUUGCCCAACCCGCCCAGUUCCCACAGGAUGCUCUUAUGGAUUCAGAAAUUCCGCGCCAUGUCCGUCUAAUGGGCAGCUUAAAUCAUGGUGAAGUUGUGUGUGCUGUAACAAUUAGUGAUCGAUCAAAACACGUAUUUACCGGAGGAAAGGGUUGUGUUAAAGUUUGGGACAUCAAUCAACUAAAUAAGACCGUAUCUGUUUUGGAAUGCUUGCCGGAUAAUUAUAUUCGUUCUUGCAAAUUGUUACCUGAUGGCCGGAGCUUAAUAGUAGGGGGUGAAGCUAGUACCCUUAUUGUCUACGAUCUGACGGCGCCUGUACCACGUGUUAAAGGCGAAUUGGAUGCGAAUGCUCAAGCUUGUUAUGCUCUUGCAAUUAGUGCUGAUGGAAAGCAAUGUUAUAGCUGUUGCAGUGAUGGACACAUUGCUGUCUGGGAUUUACAUAAUCAACACUUAAUAAAUAAAUUUCAAGGUCAUACUGAUGGUGCGAGUUGUAUUGAUAUUUCGAGAGAUGGAUUGAAAGUGUGGACAGGUGGACUCGAUAGUACAGUACGUUCGUGGGAUAUUAGAGAGGGAAAAGAAAUGGAUAAGUACGAAUUUAACUCUCAAAUUUUUUCUUUGGGCUGUUGUCCUUCCGACGAUUGGCUAGCUGUAGGGAUGGAGAGCAAUCAUGUGGAAGUCAUACAAAUGAAUAAUUCUGAAAAAUAUCAAUUACACUUACAUGAAAGCUGUGUUUUAUCAUUAAAAUUUGCUCAUUGUGGUAAAUGGUUCAUUAGUACUGGUAAGGACAAUUUAUUAAAUGCGUGGAGAACGCCUUAUGGAGCCAGUAUCUUUCAGAACAAGGAAUCGUCUUCAGUACUCAGCUGUGAUAUAUCUAGAGACGAUAAAUACAUCGUUACUGGAUCUGGAGAUAAAAAAGCUACCCUUUACGAAGUUAUGUAUAAUUAA